GAUAUCGAUCCGCAGCUCUUGGAUACGAUCACUUUCGAGACCGUUUGGCACAGUGCUCGCUAGAACACGAUCUAGACACGCUUUUGUCCUCUCGCUAUGUUAUGUGCGAACUUUUGCUGCAACGCUUCCAACAGAAGACAAUCCUAAACGUGAAUGAAAGUAGAGCCUGGUUUGCGUCGAAGAAUUCCUUUUUGUCAUUUGGAGGGACAGACCCGGCAUUAUGUUCACGCUUUCCCCGAUACUGCAAAAAAGCAAGAGCAAGCGGCUCACUGUAACUCUCGUGUCCGCUGCGCAGACGGGCUACUUGUAUGCAUUGCAAAUAUGUCUGGGUCUGGAAGAUUGCCACGUUUGUCAUGCAAUUUUUGCAGAACCAAUGAGGCCUGUAAUGCAUGACCUAGCAUCGCAGAUUUUUCGAGGGCUUCAUGAUGCCUAUGCCGCAUGAGAAAUGCCCUCUCCGCGGAGCACAAACUGGGCCCCUCUUGCUGUGGCAUGCAGCACAGAUUUUUUUGGAAUCCACAGACAGCAUUACAAGUUCCAACCUUCCAGACCCAGACAUAAGUAUUUGCAUUUGAUAACUUGUACGCAACGACGAAAUCUCCUCAGAAGGCAGAGUUUCGGAUGGCACUCCGUAUCAAAUGUAAAAAUGUCUGGGUCUGGAAGAAUGCGAGAUUUGUCAUGCAUAUUUCUCAUGACCCAUGAUGCCUGUAAUGCAUGACCGAGCAUCGCACACUUUUAGAGGGCUUCCUGAUGCACCUUCCGCAUGAGAAAUGCCCUCUCCGCGUAGCACAAACUGGAACCCUCUUGCUGGUCAUGCAAUACAAUUUUUUUCAGAAUCCAGAGACAGCAUCACAAGUUCGGAUUCUUCCAGACCCAGACAUUUUUACAUUUGAUACUCCGUAAGUACGACCCAAUUGUGAACCAGCACGUUAUGUUUUACGAGACCAAGCUACCCGUUUGGCGAAGGCAGAUCAAGCGAGCCAUCGAACGAAGGCACGCGCGAGCCACAGGAGAUCGCAUGCAAGAGUUGAUUCAGCGGGUCACGAAGGGGUCACGCGCCCGACCUGCCGCGAAAUUCAAUAAGGGAGGACAGCCAACUAUGCCAAACAAAGUCGGCAGUUUUGCCUGA